ACCUCCUUCAGGGUCGGAUUGAAAUCCUUUCGCAAAAAUUUAAACUCGUCAAAAUUCGAAGUUAAUUUUCUUAGUUACCCUUAAAAAUUAGGUACAAUUUGAUAUCAAAAUGCGUGAAGUAGUAUCAUUACACGUAGGCCAAGCUGGAGUACAGAUGGGCAAUGCUUGCUGGGAACUGUACGGAGUUGAGCACGGUGUCAGUCCAGAUGGGUUUUUAACAGCGGAUAAUUUGGCUUGUAACGGUCCCGAUUUUUUUGGUACUUUUUAUCAAGAAACAUCCACCGGUCGAUUUGUUCCCAGAGCUGUGCUCGUUGAUUUAGAACCAACGGUUAUAGACGAAAUUCGUAAUAAUCAGUAUAAAGAAUUAUUUCGACCAACUUCGCUAAUUUCUGGCAAAGAAGACGCUGCCAAUAAUUACGGCAGAGGGUAUUACACCAUUGGUAAAGAAAUGGAAGUAGUUAUAUUAGAUUCGAUUCGAAAGCAAACCGAGAGUUGUACCAGUUUCGCCGGUUUUUUCAUUUUUCAUUCGAUGGGCGGAGGUACCGGAUCCGGUUUGACCACCUUGUUAAUGCAGAAAUUAGCCAACGAGUAUGGCAAAAAACAUAAACUAGAAUUCGUCGUGUAUCCGUGUCCAAGGUUAUCGACAGCUGUGGUGGAACCUUACAACGCAGUGCUAAUGUCCCACGGUACAAUGGAGCACAGCGAUUGCGCCUUCUUGGUCGACAACGAAGCCUUGUACGAUAUCUGCACCCGUCAGCUGGACAUGGAGCGACCAACUUACGUCAGCCUGAACCGCAUCUUCGGCCAAGUCAUCUCCGCUUUGACAGCUUCGAUGAGAUUCGACGGUUCGAUCAACGUCGACUUAUCCGAAUUCCAAACUAAUCUCGUCCCGUAUCCCAGAAUCCACUUCCCGCUGGUAACGUACGCGCCUUUCCACUCUGUAAACAAGGCAACCCACGAAAAAGUCACCGUUACCGGACUUACCAGGGCUGUAUUCGAUAAAGCCAAUCAAAUGCUGAGAUGCGAUCCAACUCGAGGCAAGUAUAUGGCUUGUUGUAUGCUUUACCGCGGUCUAAUUCAAGUCAAAGAAGUCAACUCGGCCAUACAAAUAAUCAAAGCCAGCAAAAUACCAUUCGUUGACUGGUGUCCGACUGGCUUCAAAGUCGGAGUUAACUACCAACCACCUACUUGCGUACCCGGUAGCGGUUUAUCGCCGGUUAAUCUAUCUUUAUGCGCUAUUAGUAAUUCGACAGCUAUCUCCGAAGUAUGGUCGAGGGUUAAUUACAAAUUCGAUCUAAUGUUUGCCAAACGAGCUUUCGCCCAUUGGUAUCUGGGCGAAGGAAUGGACGAGCAGGAAUUCGUAGACGCCAGAGAAAACCUAGCUGCGUUGGAGAAAGACUACGAAGAAUGCGGCAAAGAUUCCGAUAAAGGUGAAGGUGGCGCCGAAGAAGAAUCUACUGCGUUUAGUACCACCUCCGGUCCGGCUAGUUCGACUCCGGCCGACGAUGCGGCUACGGAGGCGCCGACCAACGAAAGCACCACUGCUCCGGCUUAAUACAAGUAGCGAUGUCCUGAACAUUUUCUUGUUUGAAUUUAUCGAUUAAUAUUCAAGCAUCGGAUGUCCGCUUAUUGAAAGUCCGACAGCCUAUAGAGUCCCGAUGAAGGCCGAAAAUAGCAAGCAGGCGACUGGGAUUUGUAUCGUUUGUGAUGAUACGUAACAUCGCUCACGCCUGAUUUUGAGACGUAUACGAAAAAUUCAAAAAAUGAGUCGACGGAAUUUUUUAAAAUCGAUUAAAAGUGUCUAGAUAGAAAAAAAUAGAUUAUGGUAAUUUAACAUCUUGAAAUUGUGUCGAAAAGUGAAAUAAAAACAGCAUUGUACCUGAA